CGAACUUUUUAAGGUUAUCUUCAAGAAAGAGUGAGGUAAAUAUGCCAGUGCAUACAGUUAAUUACAGUUACAUAUAUCUCAUGCGAUUUAGUCUACGCUAAUUUUUCUGAUUCUCUUAAUAUCAAAAUCUACUUAUUGCUGCCGCUGCAAUAACUCAGUACUCAGCCACUGUGCCACUCUGCUGUUUUCCACUUCGCAAUUCUGCUUUCAGGAUCAUUGAUCUAUAAUACGCAGUCCAUUCCGGAAAAACUCAUUCGUCCUCCCAGAGUCUUGCUCCAGAUAAAGUCUCACAAUGAAAGAUCUCCUAGGAAUGUCCCGUGAAGAAUUCAAUAAUUUUAUGAAUUCCUUCGACACUGUGGUGACUGACUGUGAUGGUGUGCUGUGGAUGGGAAUGGAUGAAAUUCCAGGUGCAGUCAAAGUCAUGACCAAGUUUAAGGAAAUGGGGAAGAAAAUUUUUUAUGUCACAAACAACAGCACCAAAACUCGGGUCGGAUUCCUGGACAAGUUCAAAAAAUUAGGUUUUAAUACAAAUGCAAGUGAAGUAAUUUGUACAUCAUAUCUUGCCGCUCAGUACAUCAGUGAUCAUGCAGAUACAAAUAAGAAAGUCUAUGUCAUUGGAUCAGAAGGGCUUGCAGCAGAACUUCAGACUGCUGGUUUAAAGUGCUUUGGAAUUGGACCAGAUCCUUUAGGUAUGGAUAUUGGGGAAUUCACCUCAAAAUUCUCCAUAGAGCAAGAUGUUGGAGCUGUUGUUGUUGGUUUUGAUGAACAUUUUAGCUAUCCAAAAAUGAUGAAGGCCGCCUCUUACUUGUACAACAAAUCCACCGUUUUUGUCGGGACAAACACAGAUGAGCAAUUUCCAUUGAAAAAGGCAGGCGUCGUCAUGCCAGGAACUGGAGCUUUGGUACGUGCUGUGGAAACCUGCGCAAACCGCAAAGCAUUUGUUGUCGGAAAACCGGAAGCAUAUCUACGAGAGGUCUUGAUGAAAGAAGAAAAUAUCACACCAAGUCGCACCCUCAUGAUUGGAGAUAGGUGUAACACUGAUAUUUUACUGGGAAAAAGAUGUGGCUUCCAAACUUUGAUGGUUCUUAGCGGAGUCACAAGUCUCGAGGAAGUGCAUGAGUGGCAACAAUCUAAAGAUCCAGCGCUCACUCAACUAGUGCCUGACUUUUACUCGGAAACUCUGGGACUCCUUCACUCCAAAAUCCAGUGAAUAUUUUAUUAAGCAUACAUACAUUCGAGUCGCCUUACAGUGCGCCCGGGCGCUCUGCGACACCUAAUCGCCAUUCUCGCCUAUCGAUCCAGAGGUCAUCUCGUAAAUGGCAUCUUGUGAUUUCAUCUUGAAUGCCACCUAUCCACGAUUUUAUUAAGCAUACAUAAUCAAAUCGGAUCAAGUAUGCUCAAAAUCUUUGCUCGGAUUUAUCCCAGUUGAUAGCAUUUUUAGUCAUCUCAAUGGAUUCCUUUUUUUAUCUUAUGAAACUAAACCUGUCAGUGAGCUGUGAUUCCUUUUUUUUAUUAUUAUUAUGUUUUUAGUUUUUGGUUGUUUAUGCAUUUAAAAUGCUGGAGAAAGUCACAUGUUUCUAUAUUAUUUGUGUUAGAAGUGAAAAGGGACUUGAUUGUUCAUUGUUCAAGUAUCGAGCACAGGAAGUGGCUGCAGUUGCAAAAAAGAAAGAUGGUUUCAGUAACUCAGUGUUAUGCUUAGUUCAAUCCGGUAGAGUUAAUAUUAGGAGUGAUUCAGGCGUAGUCAUAAAAGAUUUGCAUUUCAUAGAGUUUAAAUCCAAAAAGAUGCUUUUGUGGGUAUAAUUUAAGAACUCCAGUUAUCAUCAAACAUUCAUAUUUUUAUACUGUUGCCCAGAAAAUUCUCCUUUGUAUCAUCAAGAAAAUUAACUUUCUCAAAAAUUGGAGCAUACAGAUUCAUUUGGACGAACCAAAAAAGAAAACUGUAAAUAAAUACUCAAAAGUGGAGAAAAUAGCACAAAUUAUUUUUUAAACAUUAACAUAUCCAAAUUAAAGAGAGUCACUUUUUUUAUCCUCUCCAGAUUUUUUAGGAAAAGAGUCUUUAUUUUUAUUGAAACCUGAUUGAGUGUGCAUAGUCAUUCAAUCAGUCAAUUGAAAAUAGUUCAGUUAGGAUAACCUGUUAAAAAUUUGAAUACUCCCAAAUUGAAAAUGGGCUAUGGAAAAUGUUGUGUAUCCAAAACGGCAAUCAUGCCUUUUCUGGUCUGAAACUUAUAUUUUGGGCAGUUGAGGGUUCACUGGUUAUGCUAAAACCCUGUUGUCUUAAUUUUAGGUGUAAAAAUUUCCAGCAAGACUUAUUUGUAGACUUUGGAGCAAUUUAUGUUCCAAAUACUCGAAUGUUUUUCUUGUAAGCAUGUUUUUGUAUGUUUAAGAACGAACCAUGAUGUUAACAUAGCUUCUCAUUAUCAUAUUCUGCUGGAACAUACCUAAAAAUGAAAUGCAAGUAUGCCCUUUAAUCCUAGGUCACCACAAAAAACAAGCACACAAUUUUUACUCAUCUGAUCACCUUUCCUAAUGUCUGAAAUUUUAAGUUGAUUGUGACUUCUUAUGCCAUUUCUGAUGAAAAGUAGAAUAUGGAUGGUGAAACUGCAAGAAUGUGUAUCUUGGUUGCGGUAUUUCAAAAUGUCCACCCCCAUUUUAUUUUAUCAAAGGACAGCACUAUUGCUUGAAAUUUUCGUAAAUGAUUUUUUUCACAGAGAGAGAAAAAUCAGGGAAGUCUCUAGGAGAUAACGUUGAGUUUUCUUCAUUGUAAAAAUAAUGUAUGACAGCAAGUCUGCAACUUUGCAAACAGAAAUACGCGAUCCUACAGUUUCAUUGUCAAUAUCCUCUUUGAUUUGUGUUUUUCGUGCUAUCUAAAAUCCUAAAGUUACAGAUAAUUUUGUUCAUGACUUGUUUACUUAGAAGAGGGAUUUCAAAAUGCUUCGAAUAGCAUGUUCUGGAAAUUAGUUACAUUAUCCUCUGCUUUUUAAGUUUUGAGAAAUACUUGUUUACUUGAUGACUUCAUUUUUUUAAGGUGGUGGGGUUCUUAUCUAUCACAAAUAAUAAGUUUUGUCAUCUAUUUUCUCAAAAUGCUUAAUAGUUUCAGGUUGUAAUUGUUUGGACUCCAGUUGCUCUCUUUACUCCAAAAUUUUCCGCUAUCUUAUCCUCAUAAGACCGUCAUAGGUUGUUAGCAUUUAUUUUGUGAUGAAAUCCUAAGCUGGUUGCUGAACUGAUAUAUCGAUGGCCAAAGUGCGAAACCACAAACCUCCAUUGCGGUGCUUCAAAGUUUCUGCUCUAAGUUCUUGAGGCUUGAAAAUACCUAAUAUUCCGCUAACAUAGAAGAAACAUCACGGAAGUUUUUAAAAAAUUACGUUGACUAGUUUUCCAGAGAACAAACUAAGUAUGACAAUGUCAUAUUUGAAGAUACGUGGUUUUGUACCUCGACCAUCGUGACGUCAAGUAUUUAAGAGGACAUCUUAAUCUUUUAAGAUGAGUCAAGUUCAGGUAUGUGUCACUACUGUGUUCCUAAUUGCUCUAGGUGCCAAAAUUGCCGUGUUUUUGUACACGGUUCUCUUCAUUGUUCUCGGUAUUUGUUUUUUGUCAAUUUAUUGUAACCAAGUUCCAAUACAGAAUCAAAAUUUU